UCCGUUGGUGACCGACGCAGGCGCGCUCCUCCUCCCCCCGCCCGCGGGAGACUUCUUGAGGGAGAGAGAAAGAGAGAGAGGGCCAAAGCGGGAAUCGCUUGAGGAUCCCGGCGCCAUGUCAGUGCCUCCCACCGGGUUUCCCCCUCCCGCCCGCGCCCCUUCCUUCCCUGGAGGGCCCGGCGCCAACCUGCAGGCCCAAAGCUGCCAGAAUGGACCAGCACAAAAUCAGAUGCAGUUCUCUUCUGGAUAUGGCUCAUAUUCUCAAAACUACUCACAAGUGCCCAAUAAAGCUGUCCCUUCACAGCUGGAUAACCAUUAUUAUUCUGCCCAUUACUCAGUACCAGCACAAAAUGUUAAUGCACCUGUUGUGACUUCCAAGAUGCUGAAUGCACAGGGAUCACAGUACCUGCACAAUAGGGCACCUCACUUUGUAGAAUCAUCUGGACCUAUCCAAGGAAUGAUUUCUUCUGCAUCCCAAUUACAUCCCAACAUUUCCCAGUCAUAUUCCUCAUUUGGUAGUCCCUACAGUAAUUCAGUUUUGCACUCUGACAGCUCUUCAGUUCCAUCUCAGGGAUUUUUUCCUCCAUCCAGUCAUUAUAUCAUGCCUGCUGCGCCUCUCACUGCUUAUCCUAAUGUCUCAUUUCCUUCUGAGUCCAUCAGUAGUCCCUAUGGGCAAGUGCCUACUUCUCACAGUGUACCAGCUCUUGGAUAUCCAAAAGAGGCAAGCACUUACUCUAGUCAAAACAGAGUCCCGCCGACAGGACAACGAACAGCUCAUCUAGGUUACAACUCGACAUCAUGGUCUACUCCAGAACUCCAGUCGGCUCAAGAGAAUCAUACUGCAUCCUUUACGGGAUCAUUGUCUGAAACAAGCAACCUAGAGAACAGAGGCUCACCACAUCCUGCAAAGCAGAAUAUUCAGCCUCUAAAGCCUGCCCAGAGAAUUUCUUCAACUGCAAGCUCUUCAGUUAUAACACCUGCUGUGGAGAAAACCACAAAACCCUCCACCUCAUCCUCUCUUACACAACUGCCAGAUGCCUUGCUUCAUGAAGGCAUGCAGUUUGGUGGAUAUGUUAAUAAUCAAGCUAGCUCUCCAGCAACUCCCUUGUCAUCAAGUUCAGAUGAUGAGGAAGAGGAUGAGGAGGAUGAGGAAGCAGCUCUUGACAGCUCUUCUACUACUAGCAGCGCAUCUCCUGUUCUCAACAAUUAUGAUAGUCUUGAAGGAGGUGGCUACCCAGAGGAACAUUCUACAACAAAUAGCCCAGCUCCUAUUCCUUCAACAUCCCCGACAUCUAAAACCUCAAAGCCAUUUGGCUAUGGAUACCCUACUCUUCAGCCUGGCUACCAAAAUGUAACACCAGCUGUACCACCAUCUGCUGUGCAGUCUGGUGGCUCUGGAUAUAAUUCUGGAUUUCCUCAGUAUCCACAGCAAUAUCCUACAAUGAAUCAACUAUCUGCUAGUCUGGGAGGACUAGGUAUACAGCAGCCUGAGAGCUUAAGACCAGUCAAUCUUACUCAGGAUAGAAAUACCCUAUCUGUUGUCCCAACUCCAGCUCCUGUACCUAAUUUGAACUCAGACCUGAAGAGACUGAACUGCAGCCCAGACUCAUUUCGAUGCACUUUGACAAAUAUUCCACAGACUCAGUCUUUGCUAAAUAAGGCAAAACUUCCUUUGGGGUUGCUUCUUCAUCCCUUUAGAGAUUUAACGCAUUUACCUGUGAUUACAUCAAACACCAUUGUGAGAUGUAGAUCGUGUAGAACAUACAUCAAUCCUUUUGUGUCUUUUAUUGACCAGAGGAGGUGGAAGUGUAACCUGUGCUACAGAGUUAAUGAUGUCCCAGAAGAAUUCAUGUACAAUCCUCUGACACGGUCCUAUGGAGAGCCCCACAAGCGGCCAGAGGUCCAAAACUCUACAGUGGAGUUUAUUGCUUCUUCAGAUUACAUGCUUCGACCUCCACAGCCGGCAGUAUAUUUGUUUGUGUUUGAUGUGUCCCACAAUGCAGUAGAAGCUGGCUACUUGUCAAUUGUGUGCCAGUCUUUGCUGAAAAACCUAGACAAGUUGCCUGGAGAUUCAAGAACAAGAAUAGGCUUCAUAACAUUUGACAGCACUGUUCAGUUCUACAACUUGCAGGAAGGAUUAUCACAGCCUCAGAUGUUAAUUGUCUCGGAAAUUGAUGAUGUUUUCCUGCCUACACCUGAUAGCUUACUUGUUAAUCUGCAUGAAAGUAAAGAGCUAAUUAAAGACUUGCUCAAUGCUUUGCCUAAUAUGUUCACCAAUACAAGAGAAACACACAGUGCAUUGGGUCCAGCCCUUCAAGCUGCCUAUAAAUUGAUGUCUCCAACGGGUGGACGCGUAUCUGUGUUUCAAACACAGUUGCCUUCUCUGGGCACAGGCCGCUUGCAAUCCAGAGAAGAUCCCAAUCAGAGAUCAAGCACAAAGGGGGUUCAGCAUCUUGGUCCAGCAACAGAUUUUUAUAAAAAACUUGCACUAGACUGUUCAGGACAGCAAACAGCAGUGGAUUUGUUCCUUUUAAGUUCUCAGUAUUCUGAUUUGGCUUCUCUUGCUUGCAUGUCCAAAUUUUCUGCUGGAUGCAUCUAUUAUUACCCAUCUUUCCACCAUAUUCAUAAUCCUGUUCAAGCAGAAAAACUUCAAAAAGACCUUAAAAGAUACCUUACAAGAAAGAUUGGAUUUGAAGCAGUCAUGAGAAUAAGAUGUACAAAAGGUCUGUCAAUUCACACCUUUCAUGGCAACUUUUUUGUGCGAUCAACUGAUUUAUUAUCACUUGCCAAUGUCAAUCCUGAUGCUGGAUUUGCAGUACAAAUGUCCAUUGAAGAAAGUCUGGCAGAUACAUCAUUAGUCUGUUUUCAGACAGCACUUUUAUAUACCUCCAGCAAAGGUGAGCGGAGAAUUAGAAUCCAUACACUUUGCUUGCCUGUGGUGACUUCGCUGAUAGAUGUUUAUGCUGGAGCAGAUACACAAGCAAUUAUAUGUCUUUUAGCCAAUAUGGCUGUGGAUCGAUCAGUUUCGUCAAGUUUGUCAGAUGCUAGAGAUGCCUUAGUGAACGCAGUGGUAGAUUCAUUGUCUGCUUAUAUGUCAACGGCAUCAAACCUCCAACAAUCUGCUUUGAUUGCUCCAAAUUCCCUCAGGCUUUUUCCUCUGUAUGUUUUGGCUCUCUUCAAACAGAAAGCAUUUAGAACAGGCACAAGUACACGUUUGGACGAUCGUGUGUAUACCAUGUGCCAAAUAAAAAGUCAACCAUUGGUUCACUUAAUGAAGAUGUUAUACCCAAGUUUGUAUAGAAUAGACCGUCUUACUGAUGAGGGUGCAAUACAUGUCAAUGAUAGAGUUGUACCUCAACCUCCUCUUCAACGAUUGUCUGCAGAGAAGUUAACUAGAGAAGGAGCUUUUCUUUUGGACUGUGGCACAAUAUUUUACAUCUGGAUUGGAAGAAGCUGUGAUAAUAACUUCAUAAAAGAUGUCCUUGGAUACCCUAAUUAUUUAUCAGUACCUCAGAAUUUGAUGCAGCUUCCUGAAUUAGAUAAUCUUUCUUCAGAACGAACGAGGUCUUUUAUAUCCUGGCUUAAGGAGAGCAAACCACUAAGUCCAGUACUUCUAGUAAUAAAGGAUGAAAGCCCUGCAAAAGCAGAUUUUCUUCAGCACUUAGUUGAAGACAAGACAGAGGCAGCAUAUUCUUACUAUGAAUUUUUGCUUCACCUUCAACAACAAAUUUGUAAAUGAGAAGGAGGAAACAAACAACAAAAAUUGGUUCUGGACUUCUUAUUCCAAUUUUCAGCUGUGAAAGAAGCACACUGGAAGUGAUAGAACCAGGCCUGGGUUCUUCAGAAUCCUUUUCUAACGGACAAAAUACACAUUUUAAAGUUCUGCUUCGGUAUAAAAAUGAUGGUUAUGACGCAGUUUCAGUAGUAUGUUUUCAGCUGGUUUGUAUGCAUUUCCUAUAGUGCAACAAUAUGGUGCUUCUGUCUACUUUAAGCUGGUGAAUUGACAUUGUGAUGUGAAAUAGUAUUUCUUAAAGAAAUCUGACAUCAGAGAGCCUUUACCCUAAAAUUUAGUAUGAUAAUCUUUCCAGAUGAUUUCCAGCAGAGAUGCCAAAGCGCAGUGUUCCGUGCUGUUUAUAUGAAUUUGUAAAGGAGAUAAUUCAUAUUUGAAAACUUCACCAUUUUCUCUGUGAAGAUUACAGAAUUUCAAUGCAACGUAUAUACAUUGUAGAAAUUAUAUAUACAUAUAUAUAUAUAUAAAUGUACAGAACUGAUAACAUUUGUAAAGAAAAUGUAUAAAAAUGUAACUACAGAGUAUGGAUUGCAUAGUGUGGUGCAGUGUUGGUGAUUGGAUGACAGAUCACUAUUGGAGUUAAAGAAUAAAGUUGACUGAUGCAUCUGAGACAAAAUUCUGAAUCCACAUAGGAAAAUGCAACUUUAUAAUUCAUUUAAUCAGUUCUUUUAUGUGGAUUUAUUUAUGAUCAGCUAAUUAAAGGUAUUUUGCUUGAUCAUGUGUUUUUAUAUCUAUGCGAUUAUUACAUUUUAGACUAAUAUUUAAUUUUGCUUGCUGUAUUGAGAAUAAUUGUUUACUACCUUAUUGUAUAGAAUUUCUGAUAAAUGAGAAUGUUGCUAAAUUUGGACUGGGAUUUGUGUAAGGAUAUAGCUGGCUUACUGCUACUGCCCUACACUGGGUAGUGCCUCUUAACAUACUCUGCAACAAUUGUGGUUCUGGAUUUCUCCUUUUCUCUUGCCGCAAUGAGACAUUAAAGAAAGUUUAUAUUUCA